AAUAAUGGGAAAAUGGCGUUGAAAUUACCUUUGCAAGCACCAGAAUUUUGUCAAAAUACACUGUUAAAAGAAUGGAACCUGCAGUGUAGAUCAGGAAACCUACUUUCAGCUCUACAGAAACACUGGAAAACAUUUGCUUUAGUUGUCUUUGCCAACAACUAUGAGUCCAGCAAGGAAGAUAGACUGGCAGAGAAAUUUCUCUUGCGGCCUAUGGAGCAUUUCUUGUGUAAUGGUGACCCUGAAAUAAUCCUCAAGUCUUUAAAGGAAAAGGAUCAACCAUCUCAACUCUGUGGCAAAGUAUUUAAAAAUGGUGAACCAACAUACUCAUGCAGAGACUGUGCCAAUGAUAAUACAUGUGUAUUGUGUAUUGACUGUUUCCAAAAAAGUGCUCACAAGAAACAUAGAUAUAAGAUGAGUACAUCCGGAGGAGGAGGAUAUUGUGAUUGUGGUGAUGUAGAGGCAUGGAAAAGUGAUCCUUACUGUGAAAUACAUAAUGCAAAAAAUAAACCAAUGUCUGACCAGAAUCCUAUUGAAGUCUUACCAGAAGAUUUGACUGACAGAGCCAGCGCAUUAUUCAUGGCAACUCUACAUUAUGUAGUGCAAAUGUUAACUUGGGAGCAGUGUGAUUGUCUGCCAUCAGACAUACAACCUGAGGGCGAGUUAGAUGAUUCAUAUAUCACAAUGCUGUUUAAUGAUGAACUCCAUACUUAUGAACAGGUGAUUAACACUUUACAGAGAGCAGUAGAGUGUUCACAGGAAGAGGCUGUUGAGCAUGCAACCAUUGUUGACAGAGAGGGAAGAAGCAGUGUAAGAGAUGGUACAUUUUCUUAUUGUGAAAAGGCUCGUCAUAUCAUUGAGCACUCAACAUCUAGACAUGGAAGUAAGCCAUUGAAGGUACAGAUUAUGCAUACAAUAGUGGUAGCCCAUCAGAAGUUUGCUCUCAAGUUAGUUACAUGGCUUCAGGAUAUCAUAGGAAAAUCAGAUGGAUUGAGAAGACUGUUUUGUACACUUAGCACACAACCUUAUGAGAAUGGAGAAUCCUUAAUAGAAAAAUUGAUACUGUCAGACACACAGAUGUGGAAAAAUGCCAGAAUGUUGGUUCACCAGAUGAUGAUGUCAGGUGUACUAAUGGACCAGGAAUGCAAAAAGCAGUUUUCUAUUAUCUUCACUAAGCAUUAUGAAGCAAUAACCAGAGAGUUUGUAUUGGACGACCAUAAUCGCCCAGUAUCCAUUACAUCUUUGUCUGUUCAAAUUUUCACGGUACCAUCAGUGGCUAAAAUGCUGGUAACUGAUCAUGACUUGUUAGAUGUAAUUAUAACAACGUUUCUCGGGUUCUGUGAGGAGAAGAAAAACAAUGAUGGAAAGCUGUCCUUUGAAAGGAAUGAAAGAAGUACAUCCUUCAAACGAGCUUGUUACGUAUUGUAUGAUGUCAAAUAUGCUUUGAUAUGUAGACCAUCACCAGAAGAAUGGAGUGACAAGCUGAGACAUAGUUUCCUGAAAGGUUUUAAAUCAUUUCUUAAGAUGCUGAAAAUGAUGCAGGGUAUGGAUGGAGUUAUGAGACAAGUAGGUGUACAUCUGGAGUAUGAACCUGAAUGGGAAGGGGCAUUUAACUUACAACUAAAGCAGGAUGAUGUUAUAACUGAGUUUUUGGAAUGGUGUGGAACAGAUAGAAAAGUUCUGCUUGAAGCCUUUAAACUCACAUUAGAGUUUCUUUUGAAAUGCAAAGACAAACCAGCUACAGUGAAACGAGAAGACAAAACAGUUUGUGGACAUAAAGUGAAAUGUUUGAAGUAUGAUGUGUCUACCCAACCUGUAUCUAUUCAUCUGCCUUUAUCAAGGAUCCUAGCAGGUCUAUUUUUACAUUUUGGAAAGCUUGGAAUUUCAUGGAAUAGUCCUGAAGUUAACAUUGAGCAUAUAGAUAUGGCAGAAAUUAUAGAGCCACCGUUGCGAGUACAAGUGAUGAUAGCACAAACACAAGCUGGAAUGUGGAGAAGGAAUGGUUACUCCCUACUAAAUCAGAUUUUUUUCUACCACAAUGUUAAAUGUAGAAGAGAGAUGUUCGACAAAGAUAUAAAUAUGUUACAGAUUGGAGCUGGUAUUAUGGACAACAAUGAAUUUCUUAUACACCUUUUGAAUAAAUAUAAUCUUCUGUUUUGGGUAAAACCGGAAUAUGACACACCUUCAGGGCAGGAUGACAUGGUUAGACAGACUGUUACAUUAGCUGAAGAAUUCCUCACUUUACUCAUAACAAUAAUAAGUGAACGUUUUGUGCUUGGCAUAGGAACAAUGGACGAACAGGAUAUAACAAAAAGGGAGAUAAUUCACCAACUUUGUAUAGCACCUAUGUCUUAUAGUGAACUUACCAAAGGAUUGCCUGUAAAUAGUAACCAUGAGACAGGAAUUGAGGAGGUCAUAAAUGAUGUUGCUGUUUUCAAAAAACCUGGUACAACAAUGGGAGGAAAAGGAAUAUUUGAGUUAAAACCAGAGUUUUACUUGGAAUACAACCCAUUUUUCCUCCAUUAUAGUAGAACUGAACAGUCUAAGUCUGAAGAAGCUCAGAUGAAAAGGAAGAAAGAUGCAAAAGAAGAUCAUGCAUUGCCACCCCCAGUGCCACCAAAGGUUACACCAAUGUUUGAGCCACUUGUUGGGUUGUUGCAGUGUGACAUUAUGGUACAUAUUAUGCAUCUCAUUCUACAAAGAACGGUGGCAGUUAGGUCAAGGUCAUGGUCAGAAGCUCAGGUUGAUAGAGUUUUGCAUUUAAUAGGACUUGCCCUGCAUGAACAGAGAAGAGCAACAAUGGAAGGAAAUCAUAAUUUUGACUUCCUUGCCAGAGCAUUGAAAGAAGACAGAAAUAUUUUGACGUUGUUAGAAUCCCUUGUUGCUGAUCAUCGUAAUAUAUCCCAUGAUUCAACUGACAAUUUAUUGACGUGGGUUGUUAAGCAAUUCAUGGAGAUAAGACAGAUGACUAAUUCUAAUGUGACUGCUAGUGCGUUGGAUCAAUUGUCAGCCAGUACGAGACAAGAAAUAGAAUUAGCUAAAAGACAAAAGGCAGAGAUAGCUGCUAAAAGAAGAGAAAAAAUAAUGGCAAAGAUCUCAAAAAUGCAGAAAAAUUUUAUCCAAGAUAAUGCAGAUCUGUUUGAUAGUACAGAUGCUGAAUUGACAAAAACUCCAUCUGAUAUGGAUGUUAGUAUAUCUGACAGCAGGUUUCCUGUAGCCCUUGGUAGAAAUCAGACAUCAGUAGGAUAUGUGGGUUGUCAACAUGCCACAUGUAUCCUUUGCCAAGAAGAACAAGAUGUUCGACACAAUUCCAGGGCUAUGGUUUUAGCUGCUUACAUUCAGAGGUCUACAGUGCUAUCACAAAAUCGUAGCAAAGUAGUGUUAAAUGGAGAUAAAUAUGACCCAACAUUUAUGUCAGCUGACCUAAACACUGAUGUACAUACUAGUUCGUGUGGUCAUGUAAUGCAUGCUGACUGCUGGCAAAGGUUUUUCGAUGCAUUACUGGCAAAGGAGAGACGAGGUAGACCAUUUAGAUUUAGACCUAGUCUGAGUUAUAAUGUAGAUAACAGUGAGUUCCUGUGUCCACUGUGUGAAUGUAUAAGCAAUACUGUGAUACCUAUUGUUCCUGUUCUUUCUAGUCUUUGUAAAGAAAGUGAUCAAAAAAAUAUUUAUAUAAGUUUUAAUGAUUGGAUUGAUGGCCUGCAGAAAACUGUUCAGCAUAGUAUAGAGAAAGCUAAAGAAAAUGAAGAUCAAGAAGAUUCCUUGUUAUUCAAACCAUGUCCAUUACCAGUGGUAACAAGGAUGCUGGCUGAGAGUGUAGCAAGAAAUUUCCAGUUGUUGUGGGACUAUGUCUCUGAGGAUGGCAGUGAACAGUUCUCUGACAGCAUGAAGGACAUGAUCAAGAAGUUUGCCUCAGAUUCUUAUUCUUUUGGAUUAGGAGUGGAACCAGAUGAAACAAACCCUAGAGUUCCAAUUAUGGCUUGGAAUACUUGUGCCUUUACCAUACAGUCCAUAGAACAAAUGUUGAGACAUGAACAGAAACCAUUGUUUGGAUCAUUGUCCUCACGACAGUCAGAUUGUAUGGGUUCAUUAGUACGUUUUGCUGCUGUAUGUGGUCAAGUGAUGAAUUCAGACUUGGUCAAACAGCAUUGUCUCAAAGUACUGUCAUUUUUGAUAAUGGAUUCUACACAAGCCAAUGAAAACAUGUGCAUACUUGAUGUUGACUUAUUUCAUUAUCUGACUUUGCUGACAAUGACCCUUCCUUCACUACAUGUUGAAGGUCAAAGGUCACCUUUGUCAAUCAUUCCCACUGGAGGAAUUAACAAUCAUCAUGCUUUAGAGCUUGUGUUUACAGCUCAUUUGGUGCAGAUAAUGCUUGUCUGUGAUAUUUCUUCUCAAAGUGCAAUGGAAGUUGAAACAGAUUCUGAUGAUCAGAAAAUGCUGGAAAUAUACACCAAUGUUAGGCAGUUGGCUGGUAUACAAAAGCAGACUAGUCCCCAGCCAUGGCAGGUAACUCAGAUGGUCAAAGAGGCUUGUCUACCAUUCCUGAGAUGUGCUGCUAUUCUCUAUCAUCACAUUACCAAUAUACCUGUGCCAAAUAUACUUCAGGAAGCAUCCUGUGAUCAGUUUGAGCCCAUUUGUAGAUAUUUAGCUAUUUCCUCACCUCUCUCCAGCUUGUUUGAAACACAAGGGGACAUAAUUCAGACUCUAGUCAUGAGAUGGUGCAGUAACAGUUUGUUAAAGGACAGGUUCUCUGCCAGUAGUGAUAAGAUAAUUACAUAUCCUUUACCUAUCAAUAGACUUGUUCCCUUACCUGAUGAUUACAGUGAACUUAUAAACAGAGAUUCUACAUUUACAUGUCCCAAAUCAAAUGGAGAUGACACAAGAGCCCCUACUAUGUGUUUGGUAUGUGGACAGAUGCUGUGUUCUCAGAGUUAUUGUUGUCAGACAGAACUUGAUGGUGUUAAAGUUGGUGCUGCUACUGAACACUCUUACAAAUGUGGUGCAGGAGUAGGAAUAUUUCUCAGGGUAAGAGAAUGUCAGAUUUUAUUACUUACUGGUAAGACAAAGGGCUGCUUUGUUCCACCACCUUAUCUUGACAGCUAUGGAGAAACAGACCAAGGUCUCAGAAGGGGUAAUCCUUUACAUCUGUGUCCAGACAGCUAUAAGAACCUUCAGAAAUUGUGGUUUAAUCAUAGUUUACCAGAGACUAUAUCUCACAGCCUGGAGACAAAUACAAACCUAUUAACUUUUGAUUGGCAACAUCUUUGAUGAAAUAUGUAAUUAGUUGGAACGUUACUUCUAAUAACACCUUAUUUUAUUUGUAUAACAUGUCCAACUGGGAUUUCCUUGAAACGAAGCAAAACCGUAAUGACAUAAUAGUUUAAACAUCACAUGCAUAUCAUCUUUGUACAUGUUAAAUUGUAUGCAUGCUUCCUGGUGAUCUUUGUGAUAUCUGGACUUUAAUUAACAUAUGAUUUUAUUAUUAGAAUUAAUAAUUAAAAGUCUUUCAAUAUUGUAAAUAGACAGGUAAUACCUUAUAAAUAGACAUACACUAGAAGAUAUAGAGAUAGAAACUGUAGCCUUGAACUAACCCUAUGGAGUUUUAGCUGAUGUAUAUAUAAUUAUCUUCAUUGUAUUUAUUGCAUAUUUUGUUUUGGAAGUAAUUUGUUUUUUUUGUACAAAUAGGUGAUAAUAACCAUAAUUUGAAGCAGGUGUUUCCUAGGAUAAUGACAAAUAAUAAAUAUCUGGUUUUAUUUACAAUUAAUUUUUUUUCAAGUACGAUGUAGCUCAAUUCACUGGUGAAUAUGUUUUUCAUACACAUUAGUAAAGAAUCUCAGACUUGCACAUGCUUGAUGUGUCAACUGAAAUCUAAAAUUUCAAAUAAAUAAGAGUUUUCCCUCAUUUUUGUGCCGCUAGGCAAAGGGGGCAUUAAGGAUAACCCUUGACCGUCCGUCCCAAACGUAUUUUCACAUAUUAUAAGCAAACUUGAGCGGGGGCAUACAUGUCCUUAGACACAUUCUUCUUUUAUUUAAAUAUUGCAAAUACACAGAUUGUGAAAAAAAGAAGAAACAAAUACAGUUAUACAUACCAUGGUACAUUUAAAUUGUCAAUUAAAAGCACAAUCUCAGUUUGUUGUUCACUGACUGACAAUGGUAACUGUUUUGCUGACAGGAUGAAUCAUAAUUGUACACACUUGUUCUUGUUAUUCUCAGGUAUUUGCAUUGCAUUAUGAAAUCUGUAUAAGAUACCAAGUUUUUUAAUCUGUUUGAAUUUGAGGGAUUGUUGGUGAUAUUUUUUAAAUUUGUUAUCAUUUUGAAUUCAUAUUUAUUAAUUUUGGAAAUAUCUGAAUUGUUAUUUGUUUACUUUUCUAAGGAUUUCUUUGCAUUUCCCUAGACUGGAUUCACACUGCUAGAUUUAAAUUCUAGUCUUAUUUUGUGAAGAUUUUUUUCCUUUCCAAGUGUGAAAUACUUUGAAAAUACUUAUAUAGCCUAUACUGAUAUUCAUGCUUUGAAGAAAUUGUAAUACUAAUAACAUGAUUAUGAUUUGAAUCUUUUUAUUUACAUACCGGUAACUGACUUUUUUUUAACAUAUAUUCUUUUAUAAUUUAAUUUUGGAUGUAACGCGUCUUCUGAUUGGCUGACGUUGUUUUGUUUAUCAGCUCAUAGACAUAAUUUUGUCAUGUGACCGUGACGUCAUCAACGUUUUUUCAUGGUUUACUCCAGUUUAAAAUGGAAUUCAGAAUUAAAUUAUAAGAAAUUACUGUAAUAUUUUUUCUGUCUAUUCGAAAUAACAUAAAAAAUGUGGUGCACACUUUAAAAUAACCCGCUACGCGGGUUAUUCAGUGUGCACCACAUUUUUGAUGUUAUUUCUUCAUAGACAGAAAAAAUAUUACAGUCAUUCCUUAAGGAAAUGAAAUAUAUAAUGUUCAGCCAUUCAAGAAAUGUAUAGGAUAACAUUGUGGGAUCAUCUGCAUCUGAAAUAUUGUUAGAGUAAUUAUACACAUUUUAAUGAAUAUUUAGCUCUCUAGUUUAGAAAAUUUAGAAGGGACAAGGAUUCCAUUAUUUUUUUAAUUGAUUUUUCAAAUGUCAUUUUAAAAAUAGCUAAACAAAAUGCAAAAUACACUUACUAUUAAAUAUAGUAUUAUUGUUAUUAUUUAUAUUGUUGAACUUGUUUCAUCCCAUUUGAAUUAACACAGACAACAAGCACAUUGCCAGUCUUCAAAAUUACUCUUUCUGUCCAUCUAGGUAAUUCUAGUUGACUACUAUGAUGUGUUCAAUUGAGUUAAUCAACAACUUUAAACUUGUAUAGGAACUGUAAGUAGUUCAUACAAAAUUUUGAGAUUGUAUUAUUAAAAAACAUAAAUUUUAAAUGAGCAAUAAACUAAAACAAAUUAUUUGUGUAUGUCAAAAUUUUUAAAAAAUAUACCAGUCAUAUAUAAUUCUGUGUGAAAUGCAACUCUAAAUUCAUCAUAAUUUAAAAUAUUUUGAUUUGAUACAAAAGUUUAAUCCUGAUAAUUAUUUUUUUAUGAUUUAUCAAAAGAUUGCUCAUAAUGUUAGUAUGUGGAGUUUAAUUUUCAGUUUAGUAAACUAUGUUAGAUGAAUACAGUUUUUGUCUCGCUUGACGGAGUCAAAAAGCGAGACAUAGGUAUGCUGUUUCUGCCGCCGGCGGCGGCGUCAACAAUGUAUUAGUUUAUGGUGAACCACUAGUGGUAGGUCAAAGAUAUUUGGUAUGCAGUUAUAUUAGUAUUGGAACAUAUCAUUACCAUGGAGAUUAUUUGGCCCCGCCCCGCCCCCUCAGUUAUGGUCUAUUGACUUUGAACUUUUGCUUAGUUUUCAUGUAUUAGUUUGUGAUUAGGUCAGUUAAUGGCGAACCACUAGUGGUAAGUGAAUGAUAAUUGGUAUGCAGUUGUAUAAGCAUUGGCAUAUCUCAUUUCCAUGGAGAUUAUUUGGCCCCGCCCUCUCAGUCAUGGUCUAUUGACUUUGAAACUUUUGCUUAGUUUUCAUGUAUUAGUUUGUGAUUAGAUCUGUUUAUGGGGAACCACUAGUGGUAGGUCAAUGAUAUUUGGUAUGCAGUUGUAUUAGCAUUAGCACAUCUCAUUACCAUGGAGAUUAUUUGACCUUGCCCCCUCAGUUAUGGUUAAUUGACCUUGAAAUUUUGCUUAGUUUACAUGUAUUAGUUUGUGUUUAGGUUUGUUUAAAGGGAACUACUUAUGAUAAGUCCAUGGUAUUUGGUAUGCAGUUGUAUUAGCAUUGGCACAUCUCAUUUCCAUGGAGAUUGUUUAGCCAUGUAGCUUCAGUCAUGGUUCAUUGACUUUGAAUAUUUGCAAAACUUACAUGUUAAAGUGUUGCUAUUUUUAAUUUCAACAUUUGCAUUAUCGAAACUACAAAAAGACGAGACAUAUCUCUGUGAUAACAGUUUAUUAUAAGAAACCAAACAUCUGCUUUAAGUAACUUGUGCAAUGCUGCAUGUAACAUAUACAAGCAAACCAACUAUGAAUUUUAAGUAACCUAUCACUGCUUUUUAUAAGUACUACUGAUACGAUAAGCUAAAAUUAUAAUUGUUUAGGAGAUAUUUAAUUUUGUAAUAAAAUCCAUUAUAUGUUUGAAUAGGAAUGUUUAUGUUACUAUAGCCAGUGCUGUCUUUUUUGUUUUGUUAUCAUUAUUAUUUAUACUGUUGUUUGAAAUGAAUUCUGUACAAACUUGUGAGCAUUAAUCUGUCUUGUCAUCAAUAAAAGAAUGUGUAAUAUCUA